AUGAAAGACGAUACUGAAAUAUUGGCACAACACGAUAGCAAUACGCACCAACAUGCAAUUACAAUAUCUGAAGGCGUUUCUGUUAUUCUGAAACAAACUAUAGGGAUAUCCCUGAAGCAGAAAUCGGUCCGAGGCGGCGUAAGUGGUGACAAGUUCACUGAAUUCGGAGGAACUGGAUCUUCCACAAAUGACAAUGGAGUCGCCUUAUUCAACGGCCAAAUCUACCAAGGUUUACAAGAAUUUUACUUCAAGGAUACACCGGAGGCAUCCUUAGUUGGUUCAAGUUCAGGCGACUUUAAAGUUUGGCCUGGUAGGGUGACGAUUCAAGAGGAUUUUGACACAGCAAAAAAGUGUGAGGUUCGAUUACGCAAAACUCUGCCGGCGGUGUUGGAGACUCGGUGCGCCGCCGCAGUGUCCGCCAUGACGCCAACUCGAGCGCUUACCGCCCUCGUGCUAUUCGCGACCGUUGCCAGCGCCGUCGCCGAACACGAUAUAAUCUUUGAUCUAAGCGAUGAGCAGUACUAUUCCAUGCCAGUACUGUUUGAGUUGGACGAGUGGGCGGGGUGCGUCGCGCGCCAGAACUCGUACUGCGUUGGCAGCUUCGAGCUAAGCACUGAACAGAAUGACACGCACCAACUCUACGACAUGAUGAAGCGCUACUCUGCCAACUGGGUGGACAACUUCAAUCACACACGGCUGCACCGCGGCUACUGCCUGGACCGCCGGUGCGCGCCAUACGCGCCCUCGCACCACCAAAUGCAAGAGCCACUACCACGCGAUACUUUGCAAACUUGGUUCACAACGUGUGUGAAUGCGACAACCACAGCCGCCUACAACUUUUCCGCUCGUCUCUUCAACCUGGACUACUGCAAGACUGGUUUUGAGGAGAACAAGCCCCUGACUGCGAGCCAGAGAGCGUUUGCAGGCUUCGCCGCUGCGGUGUUUGGACUCACCGUGGUAUCCACAGUACUGGAAAUAACACUGCCUGAUCAUGCAAGAAAAGGUUCAGAAUGGGCACUCUCCUGGUCCCUCCAAGGCUCCUGGCGCACGCUACACGCACCCCCGCCGAGCGCCUCCCGCACCGACCUGCGGUGCUUUGACGGGCUACGAGUGCUGACCAUGGCCGUCGUUAUUAUUGAACAUGUCACCUGGAUCCUGACCCACACGUAUCUCAGCAACACGAGGAUGUACGAGCAGAUUCGUCAUGAUGUGGACGCGGUACUUCUAGCAAAUAGUACACUGGUAGUACAAAUCUUCUUCACUAUGUCGUCUUUCCUGCUCGCACACAAGCUCCUUCAGCAAAGGAGAAGAGGAGACAGCGUGCCGCCUAUCAGCACCUUCACAGAGACCAUGGUUAAUAGGAUUAUCAGGGUCAGUCCAAGUUACUUCGUGGUGGUAUGGUUUGCAGCAUCGUGGUGGGAACGCCUAGGACGAGGACCGCUGUGGGAGCCGCUGGUCCAUUCGGAAGCUGCCAUAUGUAGACAGAAGUGGUGGACUCAUCUGCUGUACUUGAACAAUGUGCUCUACGCGGAAGACAAAUGUCUGAUACAGACUUGGUACCUGGCAGCAGACACUCAACUCUACGCCCUCUGCCUUAUUCUGACCCUCGCACUAUGGCGCUAUCGACGAGCAGCUAUCGGUGUACUCCUAACCUUGCUCGUCACCUCAAUAGUUGUCCUCUUUGCUCUCGCAUACCAGUGGAACUUGGUCCCGACUCUGAUGAUGCACCGACCUGAGUCGGUGAGGGUGUCGUAUAAGGGAGAGCCUUCGUUCAACGUGCUGUACCAGUCGCCUCUGGCCAACGUGAGUGGUGCACUUGCUGGGCUGCUGCUAGCGCAUAUACACCACACGUUGCUCGACAAUGAUAUCCAGCUGAAUCACCGAAAGAUGUUUAGCUGGCUCUCUGUGCUAGCUGUUCCGGCGGCUAUGUGGUGGAUGUUAUUCUCCCCCCUCUUUCUGGGACGGGGCCCACCAAACAGAUUGGCUGCUGCAAUUCUCGCUGCUAUAGAGCGACCAGUCUUCGCUUUCUUCAUCGCGUUGGCGCUGCUAGGAGCAAUGAAUGGAGUGGAGUCGGCGGCACGUCGUAUGCUCGGCUGGUCGGGCUGGGCGUGCUGGGCGCGCUUGUCUUACGGCGCGCUGUUGUUGCACAUGCCGAUCAACAAAGCGCUGGUGGCUGCCAGGUUGUUUCCAUCGCAGCUUGACAGACGGACUGUGAUUGUAGAGUGGUUCGGCGUGGCCACGGUGUCGUACCUGGCAGCUCUACCCUUAGCGCUGCUGGUGGAGAUCCCCGUGCAGCGCCUGCACCGCGCGAUACAACGGGCGUCUGCACGCGCACCGCACUCCGUCCCGGUGCCUACGCCUCAAGACAAGGCCAACUUAUGA